AUGCAACCAUCGUUUUCGUCUAAAGAUUCAGAAUCUGAAGAACGAAAACGAUUAGAGCGACGGCAAAAUCGAUUUGCGAAAGAAUCGACGACUGAAAUUAAUAAAUCUACUAAAUCAGUCAACAAACCAAAUGAUAUUCUGAUAGGCACGUGUGAAGAAUUAGAAAAAAAUUAUCUUCGUCUAACAAGUGCUCCAAAUCCAUCAACUAUUCGACCGUUAGCUAUUCUUGAACAAGCAUUCCCUUUUGUGUUGAAUAAAUAUCAAUUAAAUAAUGAUUGGUCAUACAUUAGUAGUCAAUUAAAGAGUAUUCGACAAGAUCUUAUAGUACAAUCGAUACGAAAUGAUUUUGCUCUGUUAGUUUACGAAGAAAAUGCUCGACUAGCACUUGAAAUGGGUGAUCGUGAUCAGUUUGUUCAAUGCCAAACGCAAGUGGAGACGUUAUAUGAUAGUGGUUGUAAUCGUACUCAUUUAAUGGAAUUUCUUAGCUAUCGUUUACUCUAUUCAUUGUUAUUGGGUGAUUGUCAAAGAGUAAAUCGAACAUUAAUUGAUAUUCAUGAAGAGAAACUAUCAUCAAGAAAAUCAAAUGACAUUGAUAUCGUUCUUGAUUUCUGUUCAUCAUUUCGUCGAAAAAAUUAUACGCAAUUAUUCAUACUGUACAAAUCUUUGCCAAGACGUGCUUGUUGUGUAGUCAAUUUUUUCAUCGAUAUUUAUCGGAAACAAAUGAUUCAAAUUUUCAUUUGGGGAUUUACUCCUACACUUCCAAUUGAUAUUGUUACUACUAUGUUGGCUUAUAAUUCAAACGAAAUUUAUUGGUUGAAAUUAGAACUAAAUUCGACAGAAACAGAGGGUAUAUUUCAUUGUUCGAGUCCUGUUGAAUUACAUAAGCAACGAGCGAAACUCACCGUUUCAAUUGAAAGACCAAUUGUUACUCCUCCAGCAUUUCAAUUAC